CUGUAGCACUGGCUGUAGCUGCUGUGGCAAGCACUCGCACAUGGAGCCAUGCAUGGAGCAAAGUAGCAAUCUGCGGCAGCUGAUGCGAAGCUGAAGAAUAUAAAUGAGAAGCACACCACUGGUCCGAGUAUGACAGCUGUGAUUUUCUAUUUAAUGGUACACAAAAGGGGUGAGCAACUGAAAGAAAUUCCCUGAAGGGUAUCAUGCCUCAUGUAUGUGCGGAGACCCUCAUCGAGCAGUCAAGGCCUGAAGGCAGCUCUGCUCUCCAGGGAGACACUAACAGAAGUGCUUUCACGCCAUACAAGUCAUCAACUGUCCUGACCAACCUUCAACGUGGAAAUGUGCCUACUCAGACACAAGCUGUCCCUCUCAGGCGUUGCAUCCAUCAACUGUCUGCACAGGGAGAGAUCUCACCAGAUCAGAUAACGCCUGAGCGCCUGGACCUGCGGGACGAGGCAGGCCUGACACCACUGCUGUGGGCCAGCGCACAUGGGCAGUUGUCAACAGUGCGCCACUUGCUUGCCAAGGGGGCACAGGUUGGUGCACAGGGCCUGAGGGGCGAGACUGCUCUGCUGCUUGCUGCUGCUCAGGGGCACUCACACGUUGUACGCUAUCUGCUACAGCACGGUGCCAGCCCUAACCAGGCAGACCAGGAAGGAAACACUGCCCUAAUGUAUGCUGCCCUUGGCAACCAUGCUGCGACAGCUCAAGAACUACUGUCAAGCGGAGCCGACAUGUGUGCUCAGAACAAUGUCUUUGACACCGCUUACGGCCUCUCAGUGACAAUGAGUGCACGACAGGUGCAGCAAAUCCUGGAGAAUUAUAUUCUGAAGCUGCUUCAGUGAGGUCUGGCUCAGGAUCACUAUUGCGAGAGGCCAUCGAUUGCUUUUGGGCUUCUGCAGUGAACAUAUUUGUGCCUGGGAGCUGCACAACUGGACACUUCCAAAAAUGACCUGCUCAUUUUGUCCGUGCAAGACUUUGGUAUAUAAUGCUUUUAGACUGCAUGAGGUGCGAUGUAAAAUUUUUGAGAUGGGUGCUGCCUAAUGAACAGCAGUUGUAGUGGUGCGAUGCAUCAGCAGAUGGCACAUUUAGAUCUGGUAAAAUCCUCAAUGGUCAUCACACAGCAUCAGUGCUGAAAAUUUUGGAUGCCACUUCGUCUGCUGUAUGACUUACUCAUCACAUUAAUGAUGUAUCCUAGGAGCUAGUCAGUGUUGUACAUGUUUUUCUUCUUGUUUGACUGUUGCAGCAUUUGCAAGAUAACAUUGUGCUUGUAUGUGUGUAGCUGUGCAACUUGAGUGUCUGACAAUGAUGGUUGUGGCCAGGCCAGAACAUAGUGUACAGUCACAGCUUUCAUGACAAGUGCUGAUUUCUGCUCUGUUAAGGCGUAGCAGUUCUAAUUUAAUGGAUCACAGUGUAGUUUGCAAGAACUGCUACGGAUCAAAGCUUUUAAUUACAAGCUACGUGCACAGGCUUCGCGGAAAUUUGGCUCUUUCACAAACCCUACGUCUCAAACUUUUGUGGGUGACUGUACCUUCUGUCUACAACAGUAAAUUGCCUCCUUUCGUACUAGUUUUUCAGAUUCAGACACAAGAGAAUAAAACAGAGAAUGUGACUG